AUGGUUAAUCAAUCACAUGUGACCAUCUCCUUCAAAUUCCGUGCAAUGGCAUAUAUGUAUUAAAACACAAAAACAGUUUAUUUUAUAAAUUAUAUUUCGUGUUAAUUGUCAAUAACAAAGAAAAAAUGAGUGAACAUGAAUAUUCUUCUUAAGAAUAUUCUUCAGUUAAUGAUUUAAACGAAGAUAAUCAGUUUAAUGACGGGUUUAACCUAGAAAUAUUCACAAAGAUGAUGAAUCAUUAAUAGAUGCAAUAAGAGAAUAUCCGCAUUUAUAUAAUUCAUUUCUAAAAGAUAAAGAUGUACAAAUGAAAGAAAACUCGUGGAGAGAAAUCGCAUUGUUAAUGAAUGUCAGUUGUCAAAAUCGAUGGUUACGUUUACGUGAGCGAUUUAUCAGAGAAAAACGAUUUCGAGAAUUAGAAACGCGAAGUAUUAGUAGGAUCUCUCGUCAUACCACAUUUACUUUAUACAAAAAUAUGUUAUUUCUGGACAGUCAUAUUAAAAGAAGAUGUUACUCAAAUGUGACUAAUUCGAUUGCAAAAAUUCAAAAAAUUCAUUGAAGCUCAAUACACUAUCUCAAAAUAAAUGUGGACAUUGAAAAUAUAUCACCUGAAUUCAUUUCUGGUACAAAGUCAAAUAAUUUUCUUUCAAAUUUAUCUGCUUCGCUAUAUCAUCCAAAGCUUAUCAAUUUAAAUACUAACUCCUCAUUGCAUCUUCAUUCUAAUACUGUGCAAUCAAAAAUAAUCUGUAAGACAAAUUUUACCUGUUUCUUCAAUUCUUGAAAACGAAGCAUUUAAAACUUAUGAACAAGUACAGAAAUAUAAUAACUUGUCACAAUGUGAAUCUCAAUGUGAACCUGAUAAUUUAUCCAGCAAAAGUCAAAAUAUUUUAAGAGAUAGUAUACUAUUUCCUGCAUUGCAAAAAUCACAAGGAAGUAAACCUAACUGGAAAAAUAAAAAUAGCACAUAUUGGGAACAUUCUCUUGCAACUUUAAGUGACUCUCUUCAAAAGCGUAUGAAUAAUCAAGAAAGAAAAUUCUCCACAAAUGUUGGUCUCUCACAAACUUGACCCCUGAAAAGCUUUGGUCUGUUAGUAGCAACAGAAUUAGAAAACUUAUCCGAAUCCGAAAAAUCAAAACGGAAGCAAGCUAUUGUGAAAAUUUUGUAUAAGCCAUGUACAUAAUUGUACUUCAGUGCAAUCCAUAUUAUGUUUCGUAUAAGCUAUAAUAACAAUAAUAAUAUAUCUAAUAUAAUUUGACGUCUGCAAUAUCUGAAGAUAUGCAUUGAUUCAAUUCAUGUUAUAAAAGUUUCAGGUUAAUAUUAUAUACUAAUUCUACAUUUAUCCGUUUUUGUCAUACGACAAAUAUUUUAAGUAUGUUAAUUGCUAAAAAGUUGCUAAUUAAUGUGUUAUGAAAGAUCCAAAUGGUGUUUUCCAUUUUGAGUGAUACAAGUCGACUCAAACAUCUUUCUAUCUUUCUUGGCAUUCAGAGAGUAACAAAUACAGAUACAUUACUGUUGAUUUGUAUCAUCAAAUAAAAAGCUUUCAAUGA